AUGGCAGUUGCACGACCAGUGAGAUUUCUUGGGGCAGGAUGCAUCGUCCUUGCUUUCUUCCUCAUCUUCCAAUUCCUCCGACCGACGCCCACCAUAUCUCCUCCACAUGUGGUUGUUGCCAAUGGCGAAAAGAUUGAGAGCAUGGAGCGGGAUCCGCUGUUAGAUCCCAUUGGGGAACCUGAAGGACAACUUUGGCGACACACCGACCAUGACUACAAUCCCGGCAGCCUUAAUUCUGCCCGCAUCAAUGCCACCCUCCUCUCCCUUGUCCGUAAUGAAGAACUUAAUGAACUCAUUCCUACCAUGAAACAACUGGAAGCGACAUGGAACCACAAAUUUAACUACCCCUGGACAUUUUUCAACGAUGUCCCAUUUACGGACGCCUUCAAGAAGGCGACACAAGAAGUAACAAAUGCAAAGUGCGAGUAUCAUAUCAUCCCGAAAGAGCAUUGGGACAUGCCGUCUUGGGUCAGCCAGGAACUCUUUGACGAAUCUGCCAAAAUAUUGAAGGAGAAUAAUGUUCAAUAUGCGGGCAUGUCCAGCUAUCACAAAAUGUGUCGAUGGAAUAGUGGAAUGUUUUAUCGACAUCCCGCUCUUCAAAACACGCAAUACUACUGGCGGGUGGAACCCAAGGUCAAGUUCUUCUGCGAUGUGGAUUAUGAUGUCUUCCGAUACAUGCAAGACAACAACAAGACCUAUGGCUUCAACAUCAACCUCUUUGAUUCACCCGAAUCCAUACCUUCCCUGUGGCCCGAGACCAUCAAGUUCUUGGCCGCUCAUCCGGAGUACUUGAACAAGAACAAUGCGAUGGCCUGGUUGACAGAUAACCAGCGACGACCCGAACAUAACAUCAAGGCCCAUGGUUACAGUACCUGCCACUUCUGGUCCAACUUUGAAAUAGCCGACCUUUCUUUCUGGCGCGGUCAGGCAUAUGAGGAUUAUUUCACUCAUCUUGAUCGAACAGGAGGAUUUUUCUAUGAAAGAUGGGGUGAUGCCCCUGUUCACAGCAUUGCGCUGGGUCUUUUCGAGGACGCAAGCAAGAUUCAUUGGUAA